UGCAUUUCUAGCAGCUUCAGGUCAGCGUGAACCACCUGGGGUUUGUUAUGUCCUUCCUAAGAAAGGUUCUGGGUGAUGCACGUGUUAAUCUCGAAAACAAACGCCUCCACUUUGCUUUUACUAAAUAUAGGAGAAGCGUCUGCUGCGGUGCAGGGCGCUUCCAGAGAGCGGGGUCACGCUCUUAAGCUUAACCAGGAGUUUAUCAGCCCCAACGAGGAAAGGGACUUGGUUUCAGUGCUCUCUGCUUGCAGAUUGGAUCUGCAGUGAGUCCAGUUUUCAAGGUUGAGCUCGUUCUCUGUCAUUUGCAGAGGGCUGAGCCUGGAAAUGUGAAACAGGGCUCCCCUGAGACGUGCAUCUCACAUACGUUGGGUCUUGCGCUUAUCUCUCAUUAGCACAGAUGCUGUUUCACCCUCCUGUGGGGUAACUGAUACAGGGGAUUGAGGAAGAACCCAAACCUUCAUGUUGAGUCACAUCUCGAGCAGUCCAGUGCUGCAGGAAGUGUCAUUUCCCACGAACAAACAAGCAUACAGGCUCUGCUGAUGAAAUCUGCUGCAGAAGAUGGGGUUAUGAGAUCAAUCUGGCAGGGGAAAGCUGGUCGCAGCCCACUCCAGGCCCUCUAUGAGAGUGACCAGUUUGAGCAGUCAUCACUGCAGGCAGUUCACCAGCAGAGACGGGAGCUGCUGAGCAACAUCUGCAACCGCUACACCCGCAAGCGGCGUCUCCUGCGCCCGGAUGACCUGCGGCACUUGGUGGUGGACGACACGCACGGGCUCCUCUAUUGCUACGUGCCCAAAGUGGCCUGCACUAACUGGAAGCGGGUGAUGAUGGUCCUGACGGGGCAAGGCAAGUACCGGGACCCACUGGAAAUCCCUGCCAACGAGGCGCAUGUCUCGUCCAACCUGCGCACCCUCUCCGAGUACAGCAUCCCCGAGAUCAACCACCGCCUGCGCAGCUACCUCAAGUUCAUCUUUGUGCGGGAGCCCUUUGAGCGCCUGGUCUCGGCGUAUCGCAACAAGUUCACCCGCAGCUACAACACUGCCUUCCACAAGCGCUACGGCACCAAGAUCAUCCGGCGGCACCGGCAGGAGCCCAGCGACGCGGCGCUGGAGCGCGGCGACGACGUGCGCUUCGAGGAGUUCGUCUACUACCUGCUGGACCCGCGGACGCAGCGGGAGGAGCCCUUCAACGAGCACUGGGAGCGGGUGCACUCGCUCUGCCAUCCCUGCAUCGUCCACUACGAUGUGGUGGGCAAGUAUGAGACCUUGGCUGAAGAUGCCAACUACAUCCUCCAGCUGGUUGGGGCCGACACGAGCAUCAAGUUCCCGUCUUCGUCCAAGACCACGAGGACGACGGAUGACAUGACAGCGCAGUUCUUCCAGGACAUUAGCCCUUUCUACCAAAGGAGACUCUUUAAUUUAUACAAAAUGGACUACUUACUCUUCAACUACUCCAUCCCCUCGUACCUUCGCAUCCGAUGAGGCAGGGACUGGGGGGAGAGGUGAGAGAGAGCUGGGUAACUCUCAUCUUGUCACAGUUCCUCUCCUCCCACCCGUACUGAUGUCUUGGUUGACUUCCUCCCUAUGCCCUCUCCGUUACAGUCUGUUCUACAUCCUGCGUAGUUUGGAGGGAAGACGCCUCUUGAAAUACUGGAGCUUUUCCUUCCCUUUCCCUCCUGACCUUCAUCAUCUCCAGGGGAUGGUGGUGGGACCAGACACUGCUGGGUAGGAGGGCUUGCCUUGGCUGGGGAUUUUCUUUUAACCAAGACUCCGCUGUAGCUCCAAGUCUUGGGAAGACUCCUUUAUCGGGCAGGAUCCCUUGAGGUCUUUCCCCUCCUUACUGGGCUGUUUGGGGUGGACAUGGCAUCUCGGGGGGGAAGGGUGGACUGUGACAGAGACUUGCAUAGCACCUGAAAUAAAGCAAUAAUUUAAUGUAA